UCAUAAGGUGAAUGCACCAAUUUGUAAGUCGCUCUGGAUAAGAGCGUCUGCUAAAUGACUUAAAUGUAAUGAGCUCUCAUCUCUAUGACAACAUAAGUAAUUUCAGUCUCAUAAACAUGGUUUGUAAUUUGUAGAGAUGAGAAUAGUGGUAAAUCCACUCAACGCUGCAUUUGACCAGUAUUUGUUAUUUAUUUUACCUUUAUUUAACUAGGCAAGUCGGCCUAAGAACUGUGGUCAACUGCCUGUUUAGGGGCAGAACGACAGAUUUGUACCUUGUCAGCUCGGGGAUUUGAACUUGCAACCUUUCAGUUACAAGUCCAACACUGUAACCCCUAGGCUACUCUGCUGCCUCUUUUUUACAUUUUUAUUUUAUGCCACUUGGUUGUUGUUGUAACUGACUUAUUUGAAGUGAAAGUAAUAUUUUUCCUGUUUAUUUUACAGUGCUUGAGAAGGUAUUUAAAUCCACAAAUCAUCUUGCUAUUAUAUCCUUCAUUCUGACAUAAAUGUCUAAAUAUGAGCUGUCCGUUUUGUAAAAAAAAGUACAAUGAAUUUGAUACUUGCUCACCCAAGACAUAGUUUUUUUUGCCUCUGAUUAGGCCUAGGCCUUUAUAACUGCCCACAUGGUGUAAACACUUCCAAACGGACUUAAAGGCCCAGUGCAGUCAAGAACAUGAUUUCCUGAGUUUGAUGUAUAUUUAAACACUUUGAGGUUGGAAUAAGACUGUGAAAUUGUGGACAUUAUGAUAAUGCCCUUUUAGUGUAAGAGCUGUUUGAAAAUGUCAGCCUGUUUAGGUAGGAUGGAGUUUUGGCUUGCUGGUGACAUCACCAGGCAGUAAAUUAGUCAAUAGACUAAUAAGAAAGAGCGUUCCAAACCUGGGCUGUAAUCAUACAAAUCCCCCAUCCCCCCCAAAAUAAGCUUUUUGGUUUUAGUUGAAGGUUAGGCAGGCAUAUGGUUAGCCAUGUGUUUAAGUUUAGGGUUAGGAUUCAAAUGACAUUUUAAUUAAGAAGAGACAUUUUAGAAAUAAGCUGUAGUAACUAGUGACGACAAGUGCACAGAGAGAAAUAGCUUUGUCAAGAAAACUUAGCGUUUUGUGUCAGCCAGACUAGAGAAAUGUAUGUCUGCCCUAAAACUUACCGUUGAUCAUCAUGAAUGAACAUAGUGUGAGUGAUAUUAAUAUUGUAAAUCUAAUGUCUCCCUCCAUUUGAUCAUAGUUGCUUCUUCAUUUUCCAACAGGCUGUUUAUCACACAAAUGCAUUUGCCAUCAUUAUCAUGACUUUGACAUCUCUCAUUCUCAAUAGCUCUUGAAACUUCUCUCUUCAUUGGUUUAUCAACCUACCUUUUGAGCUAACAUAAAUCUAGAUAAUGUAGCCUUUCAAUAUAUUGGGAUGCUUCGGCUAUGGAAGGAGAAUUUGUCAGGAAAAUUAUUGAUUUCAUGGACAAAUAGUCCCACCACCACUUCAAGAAAACCCCAGAAACGCUCUUCAUUUGUGUAAUCACAAAGACACACUAAAUGUUAAGCAUUGAAACCCCUUUCCCUUCAAUGCUGAUAGAGCAAGUGAGAAUGUGAAAGUUACGGGAAAUGCUGAUAGAGCAAGUGAGAAUGUGAAAGUUACGGGAAAUGCUGAUAGAGCAAGUGAGAAUGUGAAAGUUACGGGAAAUGCUGUUGCAGUAACUUGUAAAAUUUGCAUAAAGGUCAGACAUCUUCAAAAGAAAUCAAGAGCAAGACAUUUUGAAAAGAAAAGAAAAAGUUGCCUUGCUUCAGAGUGAAAUAUGGAUUCGAAGUCUGCUUUUGCGCUACUCAAGGACCCAGGAGCAAGAGUUACUAGAUGUGCGAAUGGCUUUACUCAACCGAAUUCCAAACCAGAGUUUCUGAAUUGUAUUGACAUAGAUGAGUGUGUUGAGAACCAACAUUUUUGUGGGGAACAGGGAAUCUGUGUCAAUCAGCUGGGCAGCUACCUGUGCAAGUGUCCCACAGGAUUCAGUAACUACGGCAACAGACAAAUUCAGUGUGCAGAACUUAAUUGUGACCAGUAUGAAACACAGCCUGGACAGACUCUACCAGGCUUUGAUAGUUUAUUGUCUCUGUUGAAAAACAACUGUUUGGUGUUGAGCAACUCUACGUUGUCUGGACCGACAAGACUGCUGCCAACUGGAGAUGUGCUUUUGACAUUACUGGUUAAUACCACUGAUGUUGUUCAACUGGGCCUCCAGUCCAAUGGUCACCGUAGUAGCAGUGAAGUGACUAAGUUACUGAGGAUGAUUGAAAUCUCAUUCAGACUGAUCGCUCCACUGCUGACAGAGAACGUGACCCGGAUAGAGACCAACCAUACCGAGGUUGAGAUUAUGGUGAGGAGAGACAAGAUUCCACCUAAAGGACCAGUCAGCCUGACCAAUGAGAACACUCAACUUGACACCACCUGGGAGACGGUGGUUGGAGAUUACCAGAAUUACCCAGGGUUUGCGUAUGUUGUUCUGCUCAGCUAUAGGAAUCUGGAUAGUCUGAAGGACAACACUUCUCAUCAGAGCCAGCAGCUCAUGUCCAGUGCUGCGACAGUUUCCGUUAGCAACUCCAAUACAACAUACCUGCCCCAACAGGUUAAUCUCACCUUCCAUCACCUGCAGUCCAGUGAUGUUGACCCCACCUGUGUUUAUUGGUCGGAUGAGAAUGGACCGGGGGUGUGGUCUGGGAGGGGUUGCACCUUAGUGAUUUCGAACUCCACCCACACUGUGUGCUCCUGCAACCAUCUCAGCACAUUCGCUCUGCUGAAGGGAAUCCAUCAGGGACAGGGAAGCGGGCAGCUGUCGUUGGUGAUGUGGGUGGGUGUUUUUGUGGCACUGACCUGUGUGUUCCUGUCCCUGAUCACCACCCUGUGGUGUCGCUUUGUCAGCCGCAAACGCGGUGGAGGACACCGGCUGCAACAGGAUGUACAGCUACAUAGAAAAUAAGACAUGGAUUUGAACUAUUUGUGUUAUAAGAAAAGCUUUACUUGGAAUUAAUUUGGAACAUUGUCUCUUGGCUUGCAAGGACAUCCACAUGCCAGCAUUUUUUUUUUAAAUUAAGUAUUAUAAAAAUGUAUCAGAAAAAACAAAAAUAUAAGAACACAACUUUAUAUUAAUAGAUAUACAAUAUCUCAUGUAUAGAACUCUUAUUAGUUCUAGACUGUAGCAUAUGAGCUCUUAUAGCAUAUGUAGCAUAUGUCAAAAUACAUACGUCAUUUUAGGCUCACGAGUUUUACUUAUAAUUUGUGGCAUGAAUUUUCCUAGAAUAGUGGUAUAUCCACCCAACGCUGCAUUUGUCAAGUAUUAAGCCACUUUGUUGUCGUUGUAACUAUUUUCUGAGAGCUAAUCAAGUGAAAAUAAUAUUGGGCCCUGUCAUUCAAUCAUCUUGCAAUAUUUUGCUCCAAUCUGAUUCAAAUAUCUAAAUACAAUUGGUCCCUUUCUUCAGCAAUAAAGCUAUACCAUACUGAA